CACCGCCAUCGCGAUCCACCCAAGCCCGGCCCUAAUCGCCAACUUUUUGGUUCCCUCCUCACCCUCUGCAGCCCGAGCUGUUCUCCUCUCUCACUCUCAGUCCACCACCCAUAUCCACGCCGAUAUGGCUCCAGCUGUUCCGCGAUUACGCAUUCUCUCAGUGGGCGGCAACGCCGUAUCAGCCUUCUUAUCAUGGCGGCUGCAAGCCACCAACGCCUGCGACGUUACCCUUGUCUGGAAGUCGGGAUACGACAGCGUCGCUCAAUAUGGCAUCUCAUUCAAAUCAGCACUUUACGGUAAUGAGCGGUUCAAGCCAUAUGCUGUCGUUCGCACUCCGGAAGAUGCCGCCCAUUCUUCCAAGCAGCCUUUCGACUACGUGCUUCUCUGCGUCAAGGCCCUCCCCGAUGUAUACGAUAUUGCCAACAUUAUCGAAUCCGUCGUCUCCCCUCAACACACGUGCAUCCUUAUGAACACAACACAUAGUCUCGGUGUCGAAUCAUAUCUUGAGCAACGCUUUCCCACAAAUGUCGUGCUUUCAUUGGUAUCAGGAGCAGAGAUUUCGCAGCUUGGAGCUAGCGAGUUCGAGCACAAGGGUGCAACAAACAUCUGGGUUGGUCCCGCCAACAAGAACGCAAACAUUCCCCCGCAGAUUCAGUCGGACAUGGCCGAGGCUCUUGCCAUGACUUUGAGCUCUGGACAGGUUGACUGCAAGGUCUCCCAAAACAUCCGACAACAACAGUACGAGCGAAUGAUAGGCCCAAUCGCAUUCCAUCCCGCCAGUGUCUUGUUCGAAACACCCAAUCACGCCGAAUUAUUAGAAAAGGUUGGCGUGCGCCCUUUGGUCAAUGGCGUGCUGGACGAGAUUCUCGCACUGGCAAAAGCCUCUGGCUGCUCUUUUCCGGCCGAUUUCCGCGAAAAGACGUACCAAGACAUGAUUCGCCCCCAAGAGCACAACAGUACCAUGUGGCUCGAUUUCGAGGCCAAGCGGCCCAUGGAGAUUGAGACAUAUCUUGGUGCCCCCUUGAAGCUUGCACAAGAAGCCGGCGUUGCUGUCCCGCGAAUCGAAACAUUGUAUGCGACGCUCCAUCAUAUUAACAUUGUGAACCGAAACCGCCCGGCAGCACCCGCUGUUGCACCCAUACAGCCAUCCCAAAACGGCAUGCAGCCACCACCAAGAAUGUCUUCAGCUCCCAUGCCGCGAGGACCCCCUUCACAAGGUGCCAUGAUGAACGGAAACGGUCCAAUCAAGGGCGGCCCUCGUCCAGGCAGUCGUGCUCCUUCUGUCAACGGCGGUCCCCCCAUGGCGCGUCGUGGACCCCCUCCCGGCCCCAAUGGCUACCCUCCAAGGAUGAAUGGCCCCCCAAACGGGCAGCGACGUCCUUCAAUUGAAGGAGGGGGAGACCUCGAAGAGUUUUCACACCUUAUGCUCUAUGAUGACAUGGUGCCAGAUGGCCCCAACGGCGGUCCUUAUGAGAGCGCAGGCAACGCUUCCAACAUGUCACUUCGAGAACGAGAACUGAUGCUGAGACAGCGGGAACUGCAGAUUAGAGAGCAGGAGAUGAACAUGCGACGUGGACCUGGCGGACCUGGAGGCCCUAUGGGUCGCGGUGGCCCCAUGGGACCAAUGGGUCCCGGUAUGGGUCCCGGUCCUGGUAUGGGUCGAGGAAGGCCUCCAGCGCCUCCCUCCAUGGCCGGUUUUGACGAUGACGACGACGAUGGUGACGACUUCUUCGACCCCAUGGGAGGCCGACCAAUGAUUGACCCGGACAAUUUUGAUAUGAUGAGCGUCACGUCACGCCGCAACCGCUCAGCGCCCAGUGCCAAGCAGAUUCGCCAGAACCCCGAGGGUACAGGCUUCGGACCUUUACCCAACAGAGGGCCGAGAAAUCCCUUUUCGCGUUCCGGUGCAAACAAGAAUCGGAGUAGUGCUCGCCUGAUGGCGGACGUUCCGGGCCUUCAUGACUCGAUCAUGAACAACCCGCUCAUGGGCUACUCGUCUGACCGUUACGGCCAUGUCGAUCGUGGUGCUAUGGGUGCACAAUCGAGAACUAACUCGCUCACAUCAGCCCGUCUUGACGAUAUUUCAGGCGGCGCCGGUUAUGGUGCCUAUCCUAACCCAAACGGUCGACGAAUGAGCCAGUCACCAGGUAACCCUCUCAGCCCCGGCCCCAGGCCUGGGGGCCGACCCUCACCACCCAACGGGUAUGCGCACAACGGCAUGCCACCAAACGGAAGACCCUCGCCUCCCGGUAUGGCACAACCAGGGGUGCCACAACAUGUUGAACAGCACGCUGGGGUGAGCAAUCUGUACCCGCCCAAGUCUCGUCCCCAAGUUCGCAGUCUGACUGGAAGCGCUUCCAACAGUAGCGCGGCUCUAGAUUCUGAAAACUCUGCGCAUAGCAGCCAAAGUAGCCUAGGCCCGCGUCCCCCGGUGGGCGUUCGGUAAUGGGGAAUCAUGUCCGACUUUGAUUUGGUAGCCAUUGGUUUUGAGCAUGUUGGCAUUUUGCAUGGGCAUUGUUUUCCAGCUCUGGCGACACUGGCGAAAUCAUCUACUGCUUUUCCAUGGACACACAUGGUUUUCCUUUCCUUUUCCGGGACCACGGCUUGCGAAACACUCGAGGCGACUCCUUUUUUUCCACUUCUCAUCGAUUUCUUCUACAAACACAUUGGCACAGCAAAAUCAUUACUAAAGAACCGACCAAACACACCCAAGCAGUUCCGACUGGGGUCGGGACAGUAUUACGAAGCGCCUAGGCUUUGCCAGAAGGCGGAUAUUUAAUGACGAAUAGAAAUGGGUGGGAAAGGGGCACACAUUUGACGUAAACGGACUGGCCAUGCGAUUACCAGGCCUGUAGUCAUCGGGAUUUCUCUUUUGUCACUAUGGUACAUACUUGUAGAGUGUUGUUUGC